AUGCCCAUCGAGCUUGUCCUUUCACCUGUCAUGAGACCAUUGGUCAUGGCAAAAGCAGUAUUGUUUCAUCCACAUCGUAGGGCAUCCCGUUAUGUCCCCAAUAUAGUUGAUAUGUCUGCCGAAAACACCUCUACAUAUGCUGUAUUGCAUAGGUUCGGUUCAGGUUCGAAGAUAUUUGACGUUUUUGAUACCGAAAAUGGAUCUUUACCAUUGGGUGCAAAUGACCCGGGUAAGAAACUUUUUUGGUUUGUUAGAUCUAGAGCUGUCAAAGGAGCUUACAAAAUGUAUUCUUCAGCAAUCACCGGUACAGGAGAAAACGGUGAAGAUGAACCUUGUGCAGCGAUUAGAGCAGGUUUGCGUUCAAACGUGCUUCUAAUCAGAGCGCCAGACGUCCCAGCUGCUGAGCUUGGAUGGCAUAUCAUCAGCCACAGAGUGGAUGCAAACGAUAGUUAUCGUAUGUUCACUUUAGCUGAUGGCUUCACCUAUCAAUGGACAAGUAAGGGUAGAUGGUUAGAGAAGGUUUAUAACUUGGGAGAGAAGGAAUCCGAAGUUAGAGAAAGGAUUGCACAAGUUAUUCCAAACGGAAUCAAUGGAUUCACAUUGGUAGUUGAUGAGACUAAAAUCCCUCGAGAAUUGGCAUUGGGGUCUGCAUUGUGUUCGCAUAUCGAUCAGUGGAAUACUAAUAUCGAAGUAGGUGGUAUUUAUUAUGCUAGACAACCGGGUCAAGUCAGAUGGAAGAGAGAUUAA